CAAAAAUUGUGAAAACAAUAAAAAUACAGAUUUCUUUAGCCUGUUUCUCGUACUGCAGCAGAGGAAAAGUAAAAGAAAGCCAGCAGACGUAAACGCUAAUAAACGUCGCAAACGGGAAGUUAGCAGUCAAGAAUUAUUCGCUGAAACAUGGCCGAAAAUGCGUUUCUUGCAAAAUGUGUGUUUUUGAUGACAAAUAACCUCUAGCAUGAACUUAAUAUUGAUGGAAUAUUACUUAAAAUUUGCAACACGAACGCGUUUGUUGUCCAGGACAAAGUAUAAAUAUUUGUUUUUUGAGUGAUAGGCUACUGUGCGCCAACGAUCAUCGUCGUCAAAUUUCAGUAUGCGAGGUAUUUUGCUAAAAUUGCUUGUUUUUCACCUAAUUCAUUUUCUCAUUUACAUGUUGUACCAUUGAAAUGUGAUUAGGCCAAAAGAUGUGUUUUUCUUUCUAGUUUUUGCUAAUAGAAUGUAAACUCGCCUAAAAUGUGAAGAAAAUACUGAAUUUUGGCAAAUUUCAUGUGCAAGUGUGAUUUGUACGAAAAAGGCGACUCAGAAAAUGAGCGUCAGAAUAAAAAUUUUACCAUGUGUUUUGCUAUAAUAGUUUUAAAUAUUAUUUUUAGGUUUUCAAAGUACUUAAAAAAGAGAUAGACAUAGCAAUCAGAUUUUUCUAUGACCCUCAUUCCGAAACGCAAACAUUGUAUUAUUUUCAAAGACAAUUUUCACUCGUUCAAAAUUCUAUAAACACAAAUUUUGUCAUGUUACAGGUUGUGCCAACGAAAUAUCGCUGUUUUACAUUAAAUUUCAAAGCAUUUUAAAGUCGGUAUUAAAUUUUUGGCUUUGUAAAAAAUGAAGAAGUUUUAGUAUUUUCGGUUUGAAGCUAUCAGACGACAUUUUAAAAGGAAAUUUUUUGUUCUGUUUUGUUUUGCACUGAAAUAAUCGAUAUUAAUAGUUUAUACAUUGUAAAAUAUGUAGUAAAAGAGGAAAUAAAAGUAUUACUGCAACAUUUUUUGUCAGUAAAUCCAAUUUUUGUGGUGAUUUGUGGGCCUAAAUAGCCGCUGCAAAAUUGUCCUUCGAAGGCUCCGUUCGUGUUGUUUAUGUUUUUUAAAUCAACCAAGUAGAAGCACGCAUUCUACUUCUCCCGCUGAAAAUCCGAGCAGUUUUCGCCAAUGCUGAGUCAAUUUUCCAACCUGUUGUAUUCAUGCAGGUGAAUAUGAUGUUUGUGAUGUUACUCUGAGUGUAUAUCCAAACCGGGCGAGCUCGAAAAACAUGCCCGGCCCCGGAAUAGAAGCCCAAUGCUCCGCCAACUGAGCCAUGCACGUGGUCAGGUCGGUUCGAGUAAGUAAUCUUUCGGAACAGAAUCUAGUUCCUUCGAUACCAAUGUAAUCUAGUAAUAUGAUUUUAUUAAUCAUAUUACUAGAUUACAUUGGUAUAUCGAAGGAACGAGAUUCUGUUCCGAAAUAUCACUUACUAUCGAACCGACCUGGCCGCGUGGUUCAGCCAGGGGGAAGCAUUGGGCUAGUAUUCCGGGGAUCGUGGGCCCGAUUCUCACCGUGGCCGGGCAUGUUUUUCAAGUUCUCCCGGUUUGGAUAUACACUCAGAGUAACAUCACAAACAUCUUGUAUGAGUACGUAGUGUAAUAUAAUUCAAAUUUGAACGAGUUCGGUAACAGCUAUAUCAUUUGCCGCCCUUCGUUGGGCACGAAAAUCAUCUCGGUAGUCAAACAAAAUACGUUUCAUCCAUAGUCUUACCUCCGUAAGAUUCCACACUUUUGCGAUUCCAGUGUGAUAUGGCUAGUGCUAUGUAUAUUAAUGAACCCCAUUUCCGCGUGGACGAGCACAUUUAGCGUCCAUUUGAAGUUGGCCGUAUUUUCUGGUGCAACUUUCCGCCCUCUCUUCGUACAUUAUCAAAUAUUACUUCUGUUAUUUUCAUAGUGAUCCGACCCCGUUAGCUGGUUCCCAUAAACGUUAAAAAUCACGAAAAUUAACUUAUAGACACGACGCAAUAUACGCGGGGUUUAUAUCCACGUCUAUUAAAAAACGCUUCCAAGCCAUGCUUUGUUUUGAAUAUAUUGCGCCAUUUUGUAUCAACAAGAAGCGCAGGAACCAGGCUUUAUGAUACGGCAGGACAGAAGGGGGAAUCUAUGUAUCCAGAGGGGAGAAAUGCUGUCUUUGACUACAUAAACGGCAAAGUAUCCCGAGCUUCCUACUUACUAAGCGAAUUAGAUCAUAUUACAAUGCAAUUUUGCGCAAUAUAAAUUCUAAGAAAUUCGGUAAGACUUUUAUCAUAUUUUAGUUGUAAUUUACGCACGAAUGAGAGCCAUAGCCUGAGUAAAUGUCUCAGUGAAUAUGCGAACUAUAUAACUAUGUGUUAAAAUACUAUUUUAAAACAAUAUCAUUUGAAUAAUUUGAGCAUGCAAGAGUGCGACAACAAAGGAAACAAUAAUAUUCACUCUUAUCUGAAACCUGACAGUAGAUAGUGCAUCCCUUAUGCAUAAAUGAAACCAAUCGCGGCCAUAUUCAUGUGACCAACACGAAUCCACGAUAGCAUUGCUGACAUAUUAGAAGAGGUUCUUAUAGUUAUUCUAUUGUUGGAAAGGACGCGUAAUGUACAUUGAUAGGAAAUGGUCAUCUGUUGCAUUUGAAAAUUUCUUCUCAUUGCAUGCAGGGACGUAGCGACCGGGGGGAUGGGGGAGGGGGGUUGACACCCCUCGACUAAGACGAUUUAAAAAUUUCAGGUAAAUUCAUAAAAAACUGGCGUUAAUAAAUCAGGUAAAAAAUCUUGAAACCCUAACGGAAACAGGCAAAUAAUAGAGGAUUGAAAUGUGGAAAGUAGAUGAGGUUUUAAUUCUUUUUGGCUUCAUACGUUGAUACGUUCAGAGAUUUCCGUUUUUGCAACGAGCCAGGGUUUAUUUUACGAAAAGAAUAUGUUGUUGCACGUUAUGUUAAAGUGUCUAUUUUACCAUUUCCAUCGGCAAAAAUAACCAGAAUUUUUUUUCGCUAAGUAACAUUUAUAAUUCACUUCCGUUUUUUGGGCCCUUUUGGUUUGGCUCUACACACAAGGUACGUGCAAGAAAUCAUUAAUUUCAUCUACUUUUUUAUAAUAAUACAGUGUAUUUGAAUUACAUAGAAUUAUUUGUUUGCUUAGAUUAAUACAGCAAAAGUGAUAUGAUAUCCGGAUGCAAAAUUUGAACGUGUUUAUGUGUGAUGUGUAUUAUGUGCCGUGCACUAUGUCAUAUUCUUACUUACAUUGUAGUUUAUUAAUUCUACACAAAUGGCCGAUAUAUAUAUACAUAUAUAUAUAUAUAUAUAUAUAUAUAUAUAUAUAUAUAUAUAUAUAUAUAUAUAUAUAUAUAUAUAUAUAUAUAUAUAUAUAUAUAUAAAUAUAUAAAAAGGCAAAAACAUCAAAAUUCAAUCUUAAAAUUUUAUUUCAUCGCUACACAGUGUUUCACGUACAGCGUACGAUUAAAUUAAUUAAUUACGUAUUGAAUUUUGUUGUUUUUGUCUUUUUAUUUGCUCUACUGAUUUAUUGGUGUUGAGCACUCUAGUUCACUAGGCACAAAUUCAAUAUUGAAUAUGUAUAUAUAUAUAUAUAUGUAUAUAUAUAUAUAUAUCGCAAGGUCUUGAGGCAAAACCCAUGUCAUGUACGCUCGCUGCAAACAUUGCUCUUAAAGGGUAUGGGCAAUGAAAAUUGCUUCAUCUAUCUUAUUGCUUCAUCUGACAGAGCAUGAAAAAAUAAACCGAUUGGCCGUUUACUGCUCUAUUCUAUCUCAUCUGGUUCCGAAGUUAUACGCAAAAAUGUGCAAAAUAUAAAUUGCUGAUUCAGCACAAUGUGUGACGUCAUAAGCUGGGUAAGUAUGUUUAUUGAAUAGUAAACUAAAGCAUAGCUGAGUUAUUAUUGUCUCAAAUCAAAUGAAAUUUUGCAUACAGAUAGUACAUGAUGAGGCACAUGGGAAAAUACUUCUAAUUUCGUUGUCAAGGCAACACAGUUGUUCUCAGGCCCCUUACACUGAUUUUGAAUAACUAGUUGCAUUUCUCUAUGUGUAUGUCAUUUUCGAAUUAUUAUCAUGCAAGUAAACUUUCGGCAUGCAUAGGUAUCACACACAUACUUCUGAUAUUAUUUUAUUUUUAUCAGUACCUUGAAUAAAGCUGUUUUAUAAAAUUUGCGCAAGGGGCCUGGGAACGACAUUGUUACCUUGGCAGCAAAAUUAGAAGUGUUUUUCCAUGCGUCUCAUCAUGUACAAUUAGUAUCCAAAAUUUCAUUUGAUUUGGGCCCAUAAUAACUGAGCUAUGUUUCAGUGUAGUAUUCAAUAAACAUACUUACCCAGCUAAUGACGUCCCACGUUGUGCUGAAUCGGCAAUUUAUAUUUUGCACAUUUUUGCGUAUAAUUUCGGAACUAGAUGAGAUAGAAUAGAGCAUUAAACGGCCAAUCGGCUUAUUUUUUCAUGCUCUUUCAGACGAAGCAAUAAGAUAGAUGAAGCAAUUUUCAUUGCCCAUACCCUUUAAGGUGGCAAAAAGCGUGAUCUUUUCAAGUUGGCUUUGUAAACAAUUUCAGACAGCCGCCCCUGCCGUUGUGAAAAAUGAGAGAUCAUUCAGUUUACUAAAGAUUGUAAAAGUUAUUCACGUAAUAAAAUAUCUGGAGAACGUACGUUGCAUGAUCCUUGCCGCUGAAAAAAUAUCACUGAUGUCUUUGAUGUUACUGCGAUCGCGAAAAAAACAACAUGAGCUCCACCUUUGAAUUUACAAUAUGAGUAAAUUCUUAAACACAUCCGAAUUUAUCAUUGUGAUAAAUUUGCGGCACAUUCUGAAUUUAUCAAUAGAAUUAAUCAUAAAACCACAAUCAUUAGACAAGACUUCUUGCUAUAAAUGUAAUGGCACUUUUGUUUUUCAAUUUUUUAAGAAAAUAGUUUUUUAAAAAGUUUUAAAAAAGUUUUAAAAGAGUUUUAAAAAGCAAAAAAAGUUUAAAAGUUAGAUUUUUAAAAAAGUUAAAAAAGUUUAAAAACUUUAAAAAGUUAAAAAUGUUAGAGGUUAGGGGUUAGUGGUUAGGGUUGGGGUUGGGGUUGGGGUUAGGGUUAGUGUUAUGUGCCGCGAAUUUAUUAUUAUGAUAAAUUCAAAAUGUGCCGCGAAUUUAUCAUAAUGAUAAAUUCGGACGUGUUUAAGAAUUUAGUCAUAUAGUAAUUUCAAAAGUGGAGCUCAUGCUGCAAAAAAAUGGUUAAUCUUGAAAAACCGCCGAUUGGCGAUUGCUUGAAAACAGUAAAGGUUAAAAACAUUAGUUUAUUGUAUAGGAAAACGCAGUUCUCGUUCAGCUCCAAAUUAUCUCUAUUAACUAAAUUACAUCAAUUCACAAUUGUCGUUCCUUUUCCCUACAUAAAAAUGGCGGAUGGACUGCUUCGACAAAAGUUUGUUAAAAUUGACUAUAGUUAUUGGAAGGCCGAGAGAUAACUAAUCAAUGUGAUUAUGGUAUUUUAAAAUUAACUACCUAAUUGGAGAUUUGUAAGUAAGAUUUGUAAGUAAUAAAAAAGUGUUGUAAAAAUGGAUAAUGUGGGUUAAAUAUCAAGGUGAUAGCUGUUCAGGGGAGAAAUGCACCACAACAUCGCAGUACGCAAAGAUAGGGGGGUUUAUAUUUUCAGGUAAAUUUUUACAAUAGUUUAAAAUAAGGUAGAUUACUGCAUUGCAUCCCCCCAACUAGCACACCUUCGCUACGUCCCUGAUUGCAUGUAAGUAUUUAUGCUUCAAAAUUGGCCCUUUGAAUUGAAAGGAAUACUCUACGCAGUCCUAGUUUUCAGAUUAGUAAAUACUAUUUAUGUAUGCAAAGUUAACGAUUAUAAUGGGGCUACAUUAAAUGCAUGACGCUUACAUAAAGAAGUCAUUAAGCAUUUGAACAGAAUACUAGAAAUAUAUAGGAGUCAAGAUAUAGGUAAGUAUUUAGUAAAUGUAAUUACAUGGAAUAACUUAGGUACAGGAGGAGACCAUACCUGUAAAAUAAGACAAGCUAAAGGUAUAGCAUUAUGACUUUUCGAGUUUCUUAUAGAAUGCACCCUACGCAAUUGUAUACUAUAACGCUUGCCAAUGAUUGAAAAAGUGCUAUUCUACAAACAGCCGCAAAAUGUAUAUGGGAAAUUUCCGCAGAAAUCGUGAAAAGGCACUAAAAUAAAUGACACGUAUACGAUACCGAUACCGGUGCCCGCGUUAGAGAGAACCGCGGGUUAUCUUAAUAACCCCUUUAAUUAAAAGCAGCCGGUCAUUAUCUCGACAAGCGCGGGCUAGCUCCAUUCUUUAUAUAUGAAUGAAAUAAAAUUAAAAACGAAAAUAAAAAGGUGCAAACGGUCUUUAUGUUUCCGAAAAGUAUUUGAGCAACCAUUUGAAUUCCAAUUAUUCUUUGAGCUGCAUGAGUAUUAUCUAAAAUACUCUCAAAAACAUGUAUUUCUCAAUGACUGAAUUAAUAAAAAAAGUAAUGCCAGAAUGCUGGAUUCGCCCCUGAGUUUUUUUAAACUAACGUAGUCAUGCAAAACAUUUGAUAUAUCUGUACAGGCAUCGGAGUGAAUUUUGGAAGUAACUAUAUUCAGCAGUCAUGAAUUCUGGUCAUAUCCUGUUUGUCUAUCUGUUAUUGCUGUACACACAGACCUGCAGUUCUCUGCACUCAAGUGCGUUGUUCAAAUUGUCCAUGUCAGGUAAGUACUGCAAUAAAAUUAUUAAAAUUUGGAAAGAAACCAAAAUUAGGCCUCAGUAUAAUACAGUAAGAUUUUGUGUCCAUAUCAGGGAUGUUAAAUAACUGAAAAGCCUGGAAAUAUUUUGUAAGAACACCAUGGAUCUUGUGGUUUUCAGGUUGCAAAAGUGUUAGCAGUACUGUUUACUACUUUUUCAACAGCUGGAGUGCGUCGAUGAAACUUUAACAUUGAACCCGAUAACAAAAAUAACUGCAUUUAUACAGGGUAUCUUUAUCAUUUCUAUAAAAAAAUUAUGUUCCAGCUUUUUCACAUGGAACAUAGAGAAAAUCCUGCAGUGUUUACUUCAGUCCAAUACCAUUUACUCUUCACGCACGCGAUUGAGGUGUUUCAGUGUAAGUGCGUUCUGCCGAGUUAUACUUGCGUCUCUGAUAUUUUCUUUAUUUUUUCUGCAGGUUACCGUCUAUACGGCCAUGUGAUCAGUGAACACAACACACUGAAUUUCUUGAAAUGUUCUCUAUACUGCCUCAGAAAACCUUCUCACUGUAAAUCAAUCAAUUACAAAGCGAGAAAACAUAAGCAUCCUUCUAAUAACUGCCAGCUUAACAACGCCACGAAAACAGCACAUCCUCAGAAUUUGCUGCCUAAUAAAAACUAUGAUUAUUAUGAACCGCUGACGGUGCAAAAGGUAUACUUUUAUAGAAUUUUUUGUAUAAACAAUGGAAAACAAUAUUUUAGGCGAGCAAUAAUUUUGUUUAUGUCGUUGAUAAAUGAAACAAAUUGGGUCUUAUCAAGUAUCCCCGUUUUUCCAAUCCCACCCUUCACAAAAUCGCGAGGGGAAAGAAAUCGUGAUUGGAAGGCAAAAUGGAAUUGCUCCAAGUUGCCGCAAGUAUGUUUGCCGACAUUUUCUGGACGCUACAACGCUCCUAAUACAAAAACUAUACCCUACAUAAUUGUCCUGAGUUGAAAGCUGUCAUUUUAAUAGCAUUGAAGGAGGUAAAGAUAUGCAAAAUUAUUGUGUGAAUCUAACAAGAUUAAUUAAUGAAAAUCGAUAUGUUAGGGUAAAACGGUUGUGUUAUAGCUGACUUCAAUUUUGUCCUUUGAGUUUUGUUUAGGUAUUUCAGCAACGUCGAAAUUAUAUUUUUGAAAAACGAUUUCUCCAGAUAUUUUUGCAAAGAUAGGAAUCGAAUACGCAUAUUCUAUUUAAUAUUUUUGGUGUAUGACUUCAUAAUGCAAAAAUUAAAUAUAUAUUUUUCAUUGCAGGAAAUACAAAAACAAGAACCAGUAAAUUAUGGUAUGAUAACUUCAAACACAUUCAUUCGUUCAAGGUUAGGCGAGGUCAGGUUGUAGUAGGUUGAGGUAAGAUUGAGGCUAAGUUUGAAGUAAAUUUGUUUUUAGGUUAAGUUGAACUUGGGUUGAGGUUUGGUUGAAAUUGGGUUAAUAAUUGGUUGAGGUUAUGUUGAGGUUAGGAGUAUAGUAUACUUAAUAUACUUUUUUCUUAAGCAAAAUGUUGUAAUGACCUGUACAAAUCAGGCAAGUCAACCACCGGGGUUUACACAAUCGACCCAGAUGGCCAUGGAGCUUUUCGUGGUCGUUGUGAUAUGGAAACCAUAUACCAUAACUAUAUUUCAAAGACGUGUAGAUGGCUCUGAGGACUUUUACAGAAACUGGACUGACUACAAAACUGGAUUUGGCAAUUUGUCUGGUGAGUUCUGGCUUGGUUUGGACAAGAUUCAUCGCCUCUCAGCCAGUGGGCAGAAUAUACUGAGAGUUGAUCUCGAAAGUUUUGAGAACGAGAGAGCCUAUGCAGUUUAUGAAUCAUUUUCUAUGGGAAAUGAAAGUGAAGUUUACAUUUUGAAUGUUGGUAACUACUCAGGUUAG